AUUAUCGAUUUUUUUUUUUCCUUUGCGAUGCAACUCCGACGCCGGCUUUGUGUAACGAAUGCGCCAGGGUAGGAAUCGAAGCUAUCACCAAUAUCAACAUCCCCCCCUCCUUAUUCGCUGUUGACGGUGAAUCGCUAGGAACGACCUCUUUGGAAUCGUCAACGCCAUUUACUGGGUAUAACUAUCCAUCAUGGCUAUGUUUCGGAGAGUCAUCUCUCUCAAUGCCUCCGCCCUUGCGAUGCGGCAGGCCAGAACCUCGAUUGCCCGCUCGCGAUUACUGUCGGUACCUGUGACUCGGUUCCGUACCUAUUCCUCGACCAGUCCCCGACGGCAACAGGCCUUCCAGUCGCAAAUUGAUAGCACCCUCAAUUCCUCUGCCCUCCAGUCCUCUCUAAACUCCACCGCCCCGACCAACCCACAGACACUUACCGAGAAGAUUGUACAACUUCACGCAGAUGGCCUCCGUGAAGGAAGAAAAGUCAGAGCUGGAGAUUAUAUUACGCUGCGGCCUCAUAAGAGCAUGACCCACGAUAACUCUUGGCCUGUAAUUACCAAAUAUAUGGAAAUGGGCGCCACCAGGGUCAACGAUAAUCGCCAGGUCGUCAUGACACUUGACCAUGAUGUACAAAACGAUUCCGAACAAAAUUUACGCAAAUACCGCCUAAUCGAGGAGUUCGCCAAAAAGCAGGGCAUAGAUUUUUAUCCUGCUAAACACGGGAUCGGGCACCAAAUUAUGAUUGAAGAAGGCUACGCCUGGCCAGGAACCGUCACCGUUGCUAGCGACAGUCACUCAAACAUGUACGGUGGUAUCUCGUGUCUUGGCACGGCCAUCGUCCGCUCAGACGCCGCAAGUGUCCUGGCAACCUCUACAAUAUUCUGGCAAGUUCCACCAAUUGCGAAAAUUACUUUCACGGGCGUCCUGCCUCCGGGAGUCACGGGAAAAGAUACGAUUAUUGCCCUAUGUGCUAUGCUCAAAUCCGAUGUGCUUAACAUGUGCGUAGAGUUCACCGGGUCUAAGGAGACUCUGGCAAGCAUCCCUAUUUCCGAACGCUUGACAAUCGCCAACAUGACAACCGAAUGGGGAGCGCUAUCAGGACUCUUCCCUAUGGACGAUAUGCUUAUCUCAUGGUACCGCGCCAGAGCCACAAUCGCAGCCAUGUCUGAUAGUCCUACCAAGGAUCGUAUAAAUCACAAGCGGAUUGACGAGCUUUUGGAAAACCCUCUAGUUGCUGAUCCUGGUGCUACAUAUGCCAAGGAAUUUUAUCUUAACCUAUCCACCCUUUCGCCCUUUGUUGCUGGUCCCAACUCUGUCAAAGUUGCCACCCCUGUUAAGAAGCUCGAGACUCAGGAUAUUGCUAUAGACAAGGCAUAUCUUUUGAGUUGCACCAACGGCAGGAGUACGGAUUUUGCUGCUGCUGCUCGUGUCUUCCGCGAGGCCGGCAACGAUGGCAAGCCUGCUAAGGUUCAUCCUCGUGUCAAGUUAUACCUUGCACCUGCAUCUCUAGCUGAACAGCAGAUGGCGGAAGAGGCCGGGGACUGGCAGAUCCUCGAACAGUCUGGAGCUGAGCUACUCCCGGCCGGAUGUGGCCCUUGUAUAGGCUUAGGCCGUGGCUUACUUGAGGAAGGCGAGGUAGGCAUAUCAGCGAGUAAUAGAAACUAUAAAGGGCGCAUGGGUAACCCCAAGGCACUGUGUUAUCUCGCCAGCCCCGAGGUAGUCGCAGCCAGUGCUAUUCAGGGUAAGAUUGCUAGCCCUGGUUGGUACCUGAAGCCCGAAGGUGUUGAGAAGGUUAUCUUUGGUGAGGGGACCGGUGACUUUGUUGCCGACAAAGCUCGCUCUAUUGGAGAUGCUUUUGACCAAAUCAUUGGUGAGAUGGAGAACAUGAUUGGCGCUGCUGAAGGAGCCGCUGAGGAAUCGGCCAGCCCAGUGGCCACUGAAGAUGAGACCUUGACAGACGUCCUCCCGGGCUUCCCCGAGAAGAUUGAGGGCGAGAUUGUUUUCUGCGACAAUGACAACAUCAAUACUGAUGGUAUCUACCCCGGACGCUACACCUACCAGGACGGCCUGACCACAGAGCAAAUGGCUAAGGUGUGCAUGGAGAACUAUGAUACCGAGUUCCGCAAUGUUGUUAAACCAAACGAUGUGCUGGUGACCGGAUUCAACUUUGGGUGCGGUUCUUCCCGUGAGCAGGCUGCCACUUCUAUCCUAGCCAAUCAGAUUCCUCUCGUUGUUGCUGGUAGCUUCGGUAACAUCUUCAGCCGCAAUAGCAUCAACAACGCUCUUCUUGGAAUUGAAAUCCCGAAAUUGGUCGAGCGGCUUCGUGAAGCGUACAAGGAUGACGCGGAGAAGCCCCUGACUCGCCGUACAGGCUGGAAGCUACUUUGGGACGUCCGUCGCUCCAAAGUCAUUAUUACAGAGCAGGAUGGCACCUCCUGGGAGCAAAAGGUCGGUGAGAUGCCUCCCAGCGUUCAAGAAAUCGUCGCCAAGGGAGGUGUAGUAAAGUGGGUGCAGUCUAAGAUGCAGAGUUAAAAUGUGCUCGAGAAGAGUGAGUGCAAACUGCGGGGUUGGCACAUAUGCGAACGGCUGGCGUUAUGAUUCACCCGAGUCUAUAGAACUAAGACACCCAUACCGAAUAGUCCGACCUACGGUAUAAAAUAUAUAACCUUCAUUCUGCAUGUCCCGCAGGCGGCGGGAUGGCAGGGUGCAGAGCCAGGAUAGCCGAUCGAGCUGAAAGGGGAGGGAGAGGGAGAGAAAAGAGGAAGAGAAAUGUCGAGAGCACAAGCCGAUGGAGGAGGAUAGAUAUCGGUUUAUUUAUAUGCGCCCUAGGUGAUAGAGGGGGCACAGGAGGUGGAUGGGACAACCUAAGAAUACAUUCGCAAUAUACACUAAAUACUGCGUGUCAGCUCUACACCCAAUAUAAACAAAUACCACAAUACAGUUAUUAAUGCCA